UACUUUAAAGAUGAUAUUGUUAUGGAAAAAAUCACUCGUACUCAACUUUUAACUAUGCACAGAUAUCUUGCCGGUGCCAAUUUCAUCUCCAAAUGGUAUUCAAAUGAAUAUCUCAAAUCUCAAAUCUACAAGAAAUUAGAUAAAAUUAAACAAGAUGAUAUUCUCAUUAAAAAAGAGGGUCUUCAUUCAUUAACUUUAGAGGAGUUAGUAGAUGCCGCUAUUACUCGUGGUUUCAAGGUUGAAGGUUAUAAUAGAAGAUAUAUUGAAGGUCAAUUAGAUCAAUGGUUAGACUUGUCUUUAAACAAAUCAUUACCACCAUCACUUUUAAUUUUAUCUCGUGCUUUUACUUUAACACCAAGUACCACAACUGAUGAAGCUCUUGAAGAUACUUUAGAACAUAUUCCAAAAGAACUCUUAAAGGGUGUUGCUAGUGAUUUACCAGUAGAUUUAUCAACUGAAUCUGGUAUCGAAAUUGCCAAAGAAAAAAUUGAUGAAUUAACUAAAGAACAAAAAGAAGUUGAGGAAGAAAUUAGACAAGAAGAGGAAGAGGAAAAGAAACAAGAAGAAGAAAAGAAACAGGUAGAGGAAGAAAAAAAAGAAGACACAGUAGUUGAAGAACAACAACCAACUGAACCAAAACAAGAAGAAUUGUCCAAAGUAGAGGAACCAAAACAAAAAUAAAUUAAUAAUAAUAAUAGCAAUAUAACAAUAUAAUAGUAUCAUAUAAAAUUAAAUAUUUGUACACUAUAAUAAGUAGUUAUAUAAUACGAAUAGUAGUAAUAAAAAAAUAUAAAGAUAAAUAAAAUUUUUUUUU